GAUGACAAUAUUUGCCAUACAACCGAUAGACGCGCGCGCCUGUUGAUCCAGCGAAUUGAUAAAUGUUAUAAAAUGUUAUUCGCGUACGCAUAUCAUUCAGUGUUACUGUGAUAGUGAAUGUGUACAAUGUAGUUAUGUGCGAUUAACCUUUAUUGUUUUAUAUUGGAUUUUCUGUGCACUCUGCAUAUUUAUAGGUGAUUUGAUGACAGUGAUUUUUAAGUUUUGUGUUUUCCAGUUUUGUUUAUAUGCAAGAGUGGUUAAUUGAGAAAUAAGUGAUAAUCUCAAAAAUGGAGGACCGUGAUGCUCCCGCGCAGGCGCACAAGCUGCUCGGCCAGAAGACCAGAGUUCCAAAGCCGGUGGACAAUGCCCUUACACGAACUUUACGAUCAUGUUGUUUCAUUCCACAACGAUACAUACUUGGUGUGAUGGGUCUGCUCGGCGUAUGCAACGCGUACACUAUGCGAGUGUGCCUCAACCUCGCCAUUACUCAAAUGGUGCGAGUAAACAAAUCGCGGGAUACAUACGUCGACGCAGACGCAUGUACCAGUAACGAAGUUGUCACCAACACUAGUACCUCGCAUGUAAUCGAAAAUCCUUACGCUAUAGGUGAGUGGGAUCAAGCCACCCAAGGUCUAAUAUUGAGCGCUUUCUACUACGGUUACGCCGCCACGCAAGUGCCAGGAGGGUACUUUGCGGAGAAAGUGGGUGGAAAGUGGACCCUUGGCUUGGGAUUACUUAGCACAGCCUUGUUUACCUUCCUCACUCCAGUCGUCACGAGGGCGGGUGGCGCCACAUGGCUGUUCAUAUUGAGAAUUCUUCAAGGAAUGGGAGAGGGUCCUACAAUGCCAGCCCUGAUGAUAAUGCUUGCUCGCUGGGUUCCACCCCACGAGAGGGGUUUCCAAGGAGCUCUGGUUUUUGGAGGAGCCCAGAUUGGGAACAUCUUCGGCUCUUUUAUGUCUGGAAUACUGCUGUCAGGAGGCAGGGACUGGGCAUAUGUCUUCUAUUUCUUCGGUGGAUUUGGAAUAUUAUGGUUCAUAUUAUGGAGCCUUCUAUGCUAUAGUACACCAAACACACAUCCAUUCAUCACGAAGAAAGAGUUGACUUACUUGAACAACAAUGUAACUACCGCUGAAAAUCAAGGAGCUAAGGAUCCUGUCCCAUGGAAAGGAAUACUUCUAUCGGCACCAGUCUGGGCACUUGUAUUUGCUGCAGUUGGUCACGACUGGGGCUACUACACCAUGGUCUCAGAUCUUCCUAAAUACGCUCACGACGUCCUCAAAUUCGACAUUGCGAAGACCGGUAUUAUGACUGCGCUCCCGUACAUUGCCAUGUGGAUCAGUUCUUUCAUCUUUGGCUUUGUGUGUGACUUGUGCAUCAAGAAAGGCUGGCACACAAUCAAGACUGGAAGAAUUAUUCACACUACAAUUGCCGCGACAGGUCCGGCCAUCUGCAUUAUCCUGGCAUCAUAUUCUGGAUGCAAUGGAGACGCCGCAAUGGCGUACUUUGUUUUGUCUAUGGCUCUCAUGGGAGGAUUCUAUAGUGGCAUGAAGGUGAAUGCUCUGGAUCUUGCUCCCAAUUACGCCGGUUCCUUGACGUCUCUUGUCAAUACAACUUCCACCUUCGCAGGCAUUUUGACGCCGUAUAUAAUUGGCUUGAUGACAACCCAUUCAACAUUAAAAGAAUGGCGUGGAGCGUUUUGGGUGUGUUUCGUAAUAUUAGUGAGCACCAACGUCAUAUACUGCAUCUGGGCUGAUGGUAAGCAACAGUGGUGGGAUGACGUACGGCAAUACGGGUACCCACCAGGCUGGAAAUAUGGUCCCCUCAUUAAAGAGACAGUCCCUCAAGAAGUGGAAGCAGUGCAGCUGGAUCAAAGAGAGGAUAAAGAAUGACUCCAAGUUUACUUAUCUUUGUCAUACACUAGUAAAAAGAAAAUGAGGCGAGAAGACAUUUUCUGCUUUUGGCCAGUGUGUGUUGCCAAUCCACUGAGUAAACUAUAAUAUCAUAACCAUGUGAUAUAUUGAAAGUACAAGCAUAGUUUCCCAUUUGUUAAAAUUUGUUUAUGAAUUAUGUAGUUAAUUAUUAAUUAUACGUUACGUAUAUAUAAAGAAAGUCUGUUCAGUUACAUAUCUGAAUUUGACAAUUGUGUUCAUACUCAUUAAGAUUAGUACAAUAGUGUUAAGAAUAAGAUUGAUAAUAAACGUAGCUACCAACUUUUUAGCAGUCUAAUGAAUAUUAAGCCCAGUGCCUAGUCAAUAUGGAAAAGCAAAUUAAUUCCGUACAAUUAUUCUAAAAUAUGUGUAUGUGUAAUUUUUUUUUUACAAUUCUUAUUUAUUGAUAUCACAUAUUAUAUACACUUGUGGAUUCAUAUUAUUUUGAAAGUGAAUGGAUAAUAUUAAUACAUUUUGACGUCUCUUUUUAACGUUGAUCGUUAGAGCUAUGGCUAUUUUUCCGAAAAUCUACCCCUAAUUAAUAAAGAGCGAAAAUAACUCGAAAUGUAGUGUUGAUUUUAAGAUAGUUUUGACUUUGUACCUAUGUAUUAUAAUACUAAAUACAAUAAUAUUGAACAAACAAA